AUGGGUCCCCAACUAACCCCUUCACUUGCUAGAGGGGUCUUAAAAAAAGGAGACUCUCUCCCCCCCAUGUUGUUUCUACUCGUGGUUGAUGUCCUGUGCAAGAUGCUUCACAAUAGUUGUGACCACGGGGAUCUUUCUGAACUCCAUUUGAAGGGCAUGCUCAACGACAUCAAGUCGUUACAGUUUGCAGACGACACAAUUGUCUUCUGCAAGGCUAAUCCCACAGACAUUACCAAUCUCAAAUCUAUUUUAUAUCUCUUUGAAUGUACCUCUGGGCUAUCUAUCAACUUCUCCAAAUCUAACCUGUUCUACAGUGGUAAAUCAUCUACUAAGGGGCCUCUCCUAGCCAACAUUCUCAAUUGUUCCUUUGCAUCCCCUCCUUUUAAGUACCUCGACCUUCCCCUGAAAAGAGGAUCCCUCUCUAGGGCUGAUUGGCAACCAUUGAUCGACUCUCUCUAUCGUAAGCUCUCCAUAUGGAAGAGUAAACAGCUUUCCAUUGGUGGAAGGCUGGUUCUCUUCAAAUCUGUCCUCUCCUCCAUACCCAUUUACUAUAUGUCCUUCUUCAAACUCUCUUGUUGGCUCAUCAAAAAAAUUGAUAGAAUCAGAUGUGAUUUCCUAUGGGGAGGUACAAAUACUAAUAUCAAAACCAUUCACCCUGUCAGAUGGGAUGCAGUUUGCUCACCUAAAGCCUGUGGAGGUCUUGGAGUCUCCAAUCUCCACUUAUUCAACAUCUCCCUCCUAUCCAAAUGGCUAUGGAAUUUCCUUGUCAAUAGCAACUACGUAGGCAAAGUCCUCCAGUCCAUCUAUCACUCCAACCUGCACAACCCCUCUCCUGCUUAUCAUAGCUCUAAAUUCUGGAAGGAUGUUACCUCCUGCUACCAUUUUUUCACUGGAUCUGUUAAAUGGGCACUAGGUGCCUCCUCCUCUAAGAAAGCUAUCAAGUUGAAAAAGUUCAUAUCCAGCUCGGGGCUACCUGAUAUUGCUGAGUCAAGUGCAGACAGUAAUGGAUUUCCAAGUCCUCAAGUGUAG